UAGUGUGGGAUCACAUAUAAUGCUCUCCUUCAUUGAAUUGAAUUGAAUCCGUUCUUCCACAGCACAGUGCUGCAGUUCAUGCGCGCACAGCCACAGCUGUCUUCAUUCUUCAACCAUCCAAUCACUUAUCCGACUAUUUUGCUCGGCAGAUCCCUAAUUUCAAUCCCUAAUCAAGUCAAAUUUUACCAAGUGUUUCGGUUGAUUAAUAUUCAAUCAAAAUUGCAUACAUGGCGGAGGAGCAAACGGCGGCGGAGGGCAGUGGUACGGCGGCCACACCCUUGGGGCUCUCGGUAAUACCCAUAGUGAACAAAUUGCAGGAUAUAUUUGCUCAGCUUGGAAGUCAAUCCACGAUCGAGUUGCCGCAGGUUGCCGUUAUCGGCAGCCAGAGCAGCGGUAAAUCAAGUGUGCUGGAGGCGCUUGUGGGCCGUGAUUUCUUGCCGCGUGGUAAUGAUAUCUGCACGCGCCGCCCAUUGGUGCUGCAACUCGUGCAGAUGAAGCGGAAGGGUGAUGGGACUGACGAAGAAUGGGGGGAGUUCUUGCAUUUGCCCGGGAAGAAGUUCUUUGAUUUUAAUGCUAUCCGAAGGGAGAUUCAGGCUGAAACGGAGAGAGAAGCAGGGGGUAACAAAGGUGUUUCAGACAAACAGAUACGUUUAAAAGUUUUCUCCCCAAAUGUUCUUGACAUUGCUCUUGUGGAUCUGCCUGGUCUGACAAAAGUUCCUGUUGGUGAUCAGCCAUCUGAUAUUGAAGCUCGCAUUAGAACAAUGAUAAUGUCAUACAUCAAACUUCCAAGUUGUCUGAUACUGGCUGUUACACCAGCGAAUUCUGACCUGGCUAAUUCAGAUGCUCUUCAGAUGGCUGGAAUUGUUGAUCCUGAUGGUUAUAGAACAAUUGGUGUCAUUACAAAGUUAGAUAUAAUGGAUAGGGGUACUGAUGCCCGAAACUUUUUGCUUGGAAAAGUGAUUCCUCUUCGGCUUGGCUAUGUUGGUGUUGUGAAUCGAAGUCAGGAGGAUAUUCUGAUGAAUCGAAGCAUCAAAGAUGCGCUUAUAGCAGAAGAGAAGUUCUUUCGCAGUCGGCCAGUGUACUCUGAAAUUGCUGAUCGAUGUGGAGUCCCACAGUUGGCUAAGAAGUUGAAUCAGAUUCUGAUACAACAUAUUAAGACUGUUCUCCCAGGGCUGAAGUCUCACAUUAGUAGUGCACUUGUUUCUGUUGCCAAGGAGCAUGCAAGCUAUGGGGAAAAUAAUGAAUCAAGGGCUGGCCAAGGAGCACUACUACUAAACAUUCUUUCAAGAUACUCUGAAGCUUUUUCUUCAAAGAUAGAUGGGAAAAAUGAAGAGAUGUCAACAACGGAACUGUCGGGUGGAGCAAGAAUUCAUUACAUUUUCCAAAAUAUAUACGUAAAGAGCUUGGAGGAUGUGGAUCCUUGUGAAGAAAUUACUGACGAUGACAUCCGUACUUCCAUUCAAAAUGCAAAGGGCCCUAAGGCUGGACUUUUUGUUCCAGAAGUUCCUUUUGAAGUUCUUGUUAGAAAACAAAUAGCUCGUCUGUUGGAUCCAAGUCUUCAGUGCGCUAGGUUUAUCUAUGAUGAGCUCAUCAAGAUGAGCCAUUGCUGCAUGGUAAAUGAGCUCCAGCGUUUUCCAGUUCUUCGAAAACGUAUGGAUGAGGUCAUUGCCAAUUUUUUACGAGAAGGCCUUGGGCCAUCAGAAUCAAUCAUAGGACAUAUUAUUGAAAUGGAGAUGGACUACAUAAACACUUCCCAUCCCAACUUUAUUGGUGGGAGUAAAGCUUUAGAGAUGGCUUUACAACAGGUCAAGUCAUCAAGAAUAUCUUCCGCCAUGGCAAGGCAGAUAGAUUCAGGAGAUUCAGAGAAAGCACCUAACUCAGAAAGAAAUAUAAAGAGCCGGGCCAUAAUUGCCCGCCCAAUGAAUGGAAUUGUUCCAGAGCAAGGUGUCCGAGUUGCUUCUGAUGUUGAGACACCUGCCCCAUCUUUCGUAAUAUUGCGGUCCUCAAUGGCAGCGAGUAAUACAGGUUCAAGUUGGGGAAUAUCUUCAAUUUUUGGUGGACUUGACCGCCGGACCAAAAAAGAGAACCCCACAAGCAAACCAUUUACUGAUGCUCUUCAGAGUGUGGAACGUGGUGUUUCAAUGAUUCAUUUGAGAGAACCCCCGAGUGUUUUGAGACCCUCUGAAACCCAUUCAGAUCAAGAGGUUUUGGAGAUCGCUGUAACAAAGCUGUUAUUAAGGUCCUAUUAUGACAUUGUGAGAAAGAAUAUUGAGGAUUCUGUGCCAAAAGCUAUUAUGCAUUUUCUGGUAAAUCACACCAAGCGUGAGCUGCAUAAUGUUUUAAUCAAAAAGCUUUACAGAGACAACUUGUUCGAGGAGAUGUUACGAGAGCCAGAUGAAAUUUCACUGAAAAGGAAGCGUACCCGCGAAAAACUCCGGGUUCUGCAGCUAGCUUGGCAGACGCUGGAGGAGCUUCCUCUCGAAGCUGAGAAUAUUGGGAGGGGUUACAGCAUGAGCAGUGACGCCACAGGCCUGCCAAAGAUCCACGGGCUCCCCAUGUCAUCUUUAUACAGGGACAGUAUGAGCAGCGAUUCCCCUCAAAUCCCAGGUUCAUCGUCAGCCAAGUCUGGGAAACUGCAGUCUGAGAUCCAUUCAGAUAAUGGCCGUGGACAUAAUUCUUCACCAGGUCUUAUAUGAACUAUAUACAUAUCUAGAUAGCUAGCUUAAGCUUCAGCCAGUUUAGCACACGUAUACUGUUGGUUGCAUCCGCGGUGUUGAUUAUUUGGUUCUAGAGGAGAAAGUGUAUAAUAGAAUAGGUGGUUGGUCAUUGCAUUGCUUCCCUCAUUUUUGGUGUGAAUUUAUUUGCUGCUACCUCUUUGAAUAUUGAUUGUAACAUUCUUUUCCUGGUUUACCGAGAUCGACUGUAUAUAAAGAAAGAUCUAUGCAUUCGUUUUUAUCUAAAACUUACUUCACUUUCAUGGUGAAUAUGUAAUGAAAAUAAUAAUUGUUUUCGUACUA